CUGCUCUAGCCGUACUGCGCUUGCGCGUGGGAAGCCUGGGGUAGGCCCUGCUGUUUUUCUAACUCUAGUUCAAUCCUACACUGCCGUCUCAACCAAAACAAGGCGCAAGAAAACCCCCCUCCUGGACGGCAAAUAACCGAGGGUUUCCAUCACCAUUGGAUUUGAGUUUUUUUGUUUGGAAGUAAAACUCUCAAUGACAAUCCACAGGAGCCCCUCUGCAACCUUCCCAACCUAAAGAAGAUUUUAGAGCAGAUUUACAGUGGUUCAGGAGUAUUGCUGCUAUUACAGAAAUAAUGACAUGAGAGGUGGCUAGUGCUAACAUGUGGUGCCUCCAGUCUCACACCCGAAUGAAAGCACAUACACCCCACAGGGACCCACUGCAGGCUUUUCUACCGUGACCUCAGAAUUCUCUGUUUGACCCUGCACACAAAAACAUUAAUAUUCACACACACCUUCUGUCUUGUCCAACAAUUGUCCUCAUCCUACAUCCUGUGGCAAGCUCCUCUCUUCCUUCCUUAAGGCCUGGAGGUUAAUGUACAAAUGUCUACCUCACGCUUAAAGGUCAUCUCUCUACAACUGCAACCCUGAACACACUACAAAAAUGACCUCCAGCAUAGACCGGGAUGACAGCAGCAUCUUUGAUGGGUUGAUGGAAGAAGAUGAGAAGGACAAAGCAAAAAGAGUUUCUAGGAACAAGUCGGAAAAGAAGAGGCGAGACCAGUUCAAUGUGCUCAUCAAGGAACUGGGCACCAUGUUGCCGGGCAACACCCGCAAGAUGGACAAGUCUACCAUCCUACAGAAGAGCAUCGACUUCCUGCGCAAGCACAAAGAAAUUGCCGCACAGUCUGAGUCGAGUGAAAUCCGUCAGGACUGGAAGCCGCCCUUCCUUAGCAAUGAGGAGUUCACACAGCUGAUGCUGGAGGCACUAGAUGGCUUCUUUUUAGCCAUCAUGACAGACGGAAACAUAAUCUACGUCUCAGAAAGUGUCACGUCUUUAUUAGAACAUCUACCUUCUGAUCUUGUGGAUCAGAAUCUGUUGAAUUUCCUUCCACUGGGUGAGCACUCAGAGGUGUAUAAAGCCCUGUCCACACACAUGCUGGAGGGAGAGACCCUCACCCCAGACUACCUAAAAACAAAGAACCAGUUAGAGUUCUGUUGCCACAUGCUCCGGGGCACGAUCGACCCGAAAGAGCCGCCCGUUUAUGAGUAUGUCAAGUUCAUCGGAAACUUUAAGUCCCUCAACACUGGUGAUAAAUCAACACGUAACGGCUUUGAGGGAGUUAUCCAGCGAUCGCUGAGGCCCAUGUUCGAAGACCGAGUGUGUUUCAUAGCAACUGUGAGGUUAGCCAAGCCUCAGUUUAUCAAGGAAAUGUGUACUGUGGAGGAGCCCAAUGAGGAAUUCACCUCCAGACACAGUUUAGAGUGGAAAUUCCUCUUCUUGGACCACAGGGCACCCCCCAUCAUAGGCUACCUACCCUUUGAGGUUUUGGGCACUUCAGGGUACGACUACUAUCAUGUGGAUGACCUGGAGACCCUGGCCAAGUGCCAUGAACACUUGAUGCAGUAUGGUAAGGGGAAGUCGUGCUAUUACCGUUUCCUGACUAAAGGUCAGCAGUGGAUCUGGCUUCAGACUCACUACUAUAUCACCUACCACCAGUGGAACUCACGGCCGGAGUUCAUCGUCUGCACGCACACUGUGGUCAGUUAUGCUGAAGUGAGGGCUGAACAGCGCAGAGAGCUGGGCAUUGAGGAAUCACCUCCUGAGAUCUCAGCAGACAAGUCUCAGGACUCCGGCUCUGAGUCCCAGUUGAACACCUCCAGCCUGAAGGAGGCGCUAGAGCGAUUCGAUCACAGCCGCACACCCUCCGCUUCAUCACGGAGCUCCCGAAAGUCCUCCUCACACACCGCCGUCUCGGACCCUACGUCCACACAGACAAAGCUGCAGACAGACCAUAGCACACCCCCCCGCCAAUUAGUGUCAGCCAUUGAAAUGACAUCACAGCGGAGGUCCUCUAUUAGCAGUCAGUCAAUGAGUUCUCAGAACACAGGACAGACGAUGGCAACAUCUCUUGUGUCUCAGCCUCCGCAGCCUCAACCACUUCAGCCCAGUGUGCAGGCUUCGGUUUCCACGCUGCUUUGCAGUAUUGGCAAACAUUCACAUAUAUUUAUUAUUAAUUGCUGCGGCGGUCUCAACCUCGGCUCAGUGCAGCUGACGCAGGGAUCAUCCGUGCAGUCAGCGGGCUCUCUGUCCAUGCAGGGGGCGGUGGUGCCGACAGGAAGCCUACAAUCCACACAUACAGGGACACAACACACUGUCACACAGCAUCCUCAGCAGGCACCGCCACAACAACAGAACCUUCUCAGAGAUCAGAGCUCCAAUCUAACUCAGCAGUCUCAGAGGUCGUCUCACACACUGCAGUCUCCUCAGGGAGCACUGCCUGCAUCUUUGUAUAAUACCAUGAUGAUCUCUCAGCCUACGCAGGCCAACGUUGUGCAGAUCUCCACAAGCCUAGCCCAGAACAGCAGCACCAGCGGAGCCGCGGUUGCCACCUUCUCACAAGACCGGCAGAUACGGUUCCCUGCUACCCCACAGCUCCUCACUAAGCUAGUAACCGGCCCAAUGGCGUGUGGUGCAGUUAUGGUGCCUACCACCAUGUUCAUGGGGCAGGUGGUGACUGCGUUUACCCCUCAGCAGGGCCAGGCUCAAACAAUCAGCAUCGCCCAGCAGCCAUCUGCGCAUAUGCAGGAGCAGCAGGCUCAGACGCAGUCACAGACAGCUACAGGAACCGCCCAACAGCAAGGACAGGCCCAGGCUCAGCUUGCCCAGCAACAAACGCAGUUCCUACAGGCCCUUCGUCUUUUACAUGGCACCCAAUCUGCCCAGCUGAUCCUUCAAGCGUUUCCCCUGCAGCAGCAAGGCACCUUUGCAGCCGCAACACAACAACAGCAGCAGCAACUGCAACAGCAGCAACAACAACUGCAGCAGCAGCAUCAACAGCAACAACAACAGCUGCAACAGCAACAUCAACAACAGCAGCAGCAGCUGCAGCAGCAACAGCAGCAACAACAGCAGCAGCUGCAGCAGCAACUGGCAGCUCAUCGCUCAGACAGCAUGGACCGGUCCAACGCGCCACCUCAGUAGCUGACCGUAUGUCAGAGACGCAACCAAAUCACCACUGAGCAGUCCUGCAGGCUGAGAGGCUUCUGAGGGGGAUGUUUGGAGCUAAAAAAAAUUGUGUGCCCUCUCAGAUACCUUUCCACUGCUUAUAGGUGAAGGGCCAGACCUAAACGGGUGUCUUUUUUUAACCCCGUGCCCUAUUCGACCUAUAGGUAGUUGAUCAACAGCUGCUUGCACUGAAUUCUGGGAGAGGUCCAACCACGAAUGCCGACCUUUCUGCGGGCUGGCAAGGAAUCAGCGGUAUCUGGUUUUCCACAAAUUGUCUCCUCCACAAUAACCGCUUUCCCUUUGUCUCGUAUGCCCAGUGUGUGCCGUCAUCCCUCUUUCACAGGUUUAAUUUAUGCAGAACGAGCUGCAGCGAAGGCUUCAAGACCUGAAGAAGUCCUGCAGGACAAACGGCGCCUCUCUCUUUCUCUCGGGCCUCUCUUUCUCUUCCUCUUUCCUCCUCAUUUUACUUGUCGCAAGUAAUUAUGGGUCAGAAAAUAUUUUUAAGAAUGUCACGUGGAUUCAACUUUUAUUGUACAGUUCACCUGUAAAAUAAUGUGUAAAUAUAUGGACAAAAGGAAAGAGAAACUAAUAUUUUAUAUGAUGCAUGAGACGAAAAGCGUAGUCUGUUAUUUGUAGCUUUGAAUAUACUUUUUUUUUUCUAAUAUUCUGAGGAAAAAAGCUAAACUUAAUACACAUAAUGGUUGAUCUCUUCACAGACUUCCUUUUUCCAGUGGGAUGGGGGUGAGUGUGUGUAUGUGCUUGCGCACAUGUGUUCGUAUGUAUGUGUGUCUGCCAAGCAGGCAAUGCUGGAUCCACAGAUUGUGUCACAGUUGGUUUAAAACGGCCUUCGUGUUUUAGUAAAACUGUUAAAGGAACAGGCAAUCUUUAGAUGUUUUGCAUCGUGUUAUACACCUUAGUAAUUGAAAAUAUAUAGAUAUGAAUAUUUCAGAGAGAUGCUUUACAUUUGUAAAUAGUUUAAAGAGAAGGCUUCAGAUUUAGUAUAUCAUGCGGUUAGGC